AUGCCUGGUCUGUCUAGCUCGGCCAACUCCUCGGCGUCGUCGGUGGGCUGUUGGCACUGGCCCUGGUUUUGGCGACGAACCUUUGGGUAUUUAUGCGAUACUAAACGCCACGUACCCCGCGGAGAGGAAGGAAUUCGUGAAGAGUUCGGGGCGGGCGGGCUGGACCAACAAGGUCCUGAGCCCCUGGUCACUGGUGUUUCUGGCGUGACGAGCGUCUCUCUAGCCAGCAAUAAUCCCGAAGAGCCCCCUAACCUCCCAUCAUUGACCAUCCUCUGCGAGGGCGCAGUGGCGGAGGAGCCCCUCGGUGACGUCCCACACCGCCAGGUGUUCCGCAGCCCUGAACGGGAGCUGGUCUUCCUCGCGCCGCGUGGCCUGUGCCUGGCCCAGCGACCAAGGCACCAGCCGGACUCGGAGGUGCCAAAGUCUCCGAAGGGGGAAGAGGAUGGAUCGGGGUGA